AUGGAAUGUCCUACGGAGUUUUGCGUGAAUUUACAAUCUAACCUCCUCUACACUCAUCACUUUGUACCUGCACAGGUGAUAUUGUAUGUCAUCCGAUUGGUAACCCGUAUAGAAGCCGCAAUAGACUUCCUGGUUAGACACAAUAGGUUUCUGAGCAAGCUAGACAACACUCGAGCACACCUGAUCAAUGGGACGGGCACUGAGGCGCUGCUGCGUGACCUGAGAACGGAUGCAAGCACAGAGAAGUACUUGACAAGAAAGCGACUGCAUCUCAGAGGCCUGAUCAAUGUCCAGGUUUACCCAAUGCUGGCGAGGUGGUGCACACAGGCCACAAAAGAAAACCAGGUCAAGCGCGCCUGCCGAUCGCACGCGCACACAGCGUAUCUAUUUGCACACAUCCCUCCCGAGGAACUCACCGCUGAGAUUGUGACCAGUCUCAUCGCCGCCAAUGUGUAUCUAUCGACCAACUACAACUACGAUCUGGCAGCCGAGCACGGAGCCAAAUACAAUCGCAUGGACAAGGAGAGGCGAGGGCUCGACAGUGGCCUGGGCAUUGCAGAUACCGAGGUCUUCGAUGUCUUCCAG